AUGCAUCGAAUAUCGUCUUUCUUACUGUUUCUGAGCUAUGCUUCUGCAGCCAAAGUCGACGACAGUGUGCAUUAUUUCGUCACAUUCGAUACUGCCGAGAAUGGGCUUGCAGGUGGUCAAUUGUUAGAGGAAGAAAACGAGAAAGCGCUCAAGGACGAUAAUUCAUUGCGGAUAUCCACACAAAAUAAUGAGAACUAUAUCUGCAAGCUGCCAAAACCAACAACUACACUCGAGCAAGACGUAUCUGCUUACACGGGUCUCUCACCAGCUGAACUAAUCGCUCCAUUCUAUAAAGAAAAGUUGUGUUCUUACCGUGUUGAACCGUACUGGACUUACGAGUUGUGUCAUGGACGUUAUAUUGUACAGUAUCAUGAAGAAAAAGACAUUCGAGGAGUUGGCCGAACCGCGGAGUACUACCUUGGAAACCUUCACGUAGACUAUUCAACCCUGAGCGCUCCUGCUAAUUAUGACAAUCCUCCGAAAAGGGUCAUAGAUGGGGAAGAAUAUGCGUAUUAUCCUGUAUUAUACAGCCAAGGAACUACUUGUGAUAUCACGGGAAAGCCAAGAACGACAACUGUUAUGUACAUAUGCGUUGAAAGCGCACGCAACCAGAUUCACUCGUUGAGCGAAGUUUCGUCAUGUAACUACGAAGUGAUUGUAUUAACCUAUGCGCUCUGUUCUCAUCCCAGCUAUAAACGCAAGGUGAAAGAGAAUCAGGAAAUU